AUGGAGGAGAGAACCGACGGAAGAGAAAGGGGAAAGACGGAGGGCGACGACCAAGGUGGAGCGGCGACGGUGCGCGGCGGCGACGGCUCCGAUGACGGGCGAGCGGAGGGCCGAGCGGCGGUCGGGCGGACGCAGCUCCUCCUUCAAGCUUCUACAUCAACACGAGCAAACUACUUGAAGAUCAGAUUCAAAUCUUACGUUAUUGAGGAGCUUAUUGACCAUCUGGUGAAGCAGCUGAGGGCCAACGUCCCGAGGAAGCCCAACAUUAAGAUUUCAGCGCUAAUACUGCUUCUCAGUGUGAUAACAAUGACUUGGUCAGCAUCAUCGCCGGACGUCAUUGAGUCUCUGCUCACCCGACUGGAGUCCAAGAGGGCAUCUCCGUUGGUUCAAGAAAGGGCGGCCGCAGGCGUUCUUAAGAGAUUGCUUCCUUUCCAUUCACACAGCUUCCAAUUCAAGAUCGGACCCGAGGUCUCAUUCUUUGCCUAUCGGGAUGUUUGUGGUGGAAAGAACUGCUUUUUAAUCGAAAAUUACGGGGAGAAUGAUGGGCCUGAGAUAAUGAUUAGAGGUACCACAACAGUUGAAUUAACAUCUGGCUUGCAUUGGUACUUGAAGUAUUGGUGUGAUGCUCAUGUUUCCAGGAACAAGACUGGUGGCAUACAGGUGGCUUCUGAUCCUAAGGCAAGAUCCCUGCCUAGGCUGAAGGGCAAGGGUGUGAUGAUUCAGCGACCCGUCCCAUGGAACUAUUACCAAAAUGUCGUUACAUUUCUUCACCUGAGACAUCGAGGCUCUGACGAUAUUUCUAAUAGCAAGUCUAGUGGCUAG